AGUAGCUAUUUGGAGGCUUGUACAUACUUAGGGAGCCAUUCUUCUCCUCCGGUGCUAAAAUUCUUUAGACGUGCCAUUUCUGACUCACUUGACCCAUCUCUCACCUCCUCAAUACACGAGGGAGACACCCAGCGAUGUCCUUGCCCUUCCUAGUGGUGCAGCCAACCAAAACACAUACCGCAACUGUAAUUUGUGUACAUGGCAUCGGUGAUGAUGGCAGAGGAUUGAUUCCCCUCACAAACGAGCUCGCGUCUGCCCUCCCACACGUCAAGUGGGUUCUCCCCCACGCACCUCAGCGACCCAUAACAGUGUAUAAUAAAGAAUGGCUUCGUGCCUGGUUCGAUAUACCAUCUUUUUCCUUCACCGAGACCGAGGAUGCACCGGGGAUGUUGGACUCGCUACGUAAGCUAGACGCGCUUGUCAAGGCCGAGGUCGACGCUGGCAUUCCACAAGAGCGUAUUGUCCUCAGUGGCUUUUCGCAAGGUGGUGCAAUGGUACUCCUUUCUGGUCUCGGAGGGCGCGCGGUACGCGAGGGAGGUGGGGGCUGGAAACUUGCAGGAGUCGUAGUGAUGAGUGGAUGGCUACCAUUACGAGACCGUUUCAAGUCACUUAUCUCCCCGCACGCGCUAACAAUGCCGGUUUUUUGGGGUCAUGGGACAGACGAUCCACUUGUGAGAUAUAGCUUCGGGCGAAAGUCGGCGGAGAUCUUGAAGGACCAGGUCGGUUUAGCACUGAGGUGGGGCGAUAAAGGAGAAGCGGAACGCGCGGCCUUUGGCAGCGCUGGUGUGAGUUUUUUGGGGUAUGAUGGUGUACUACACGCAGUAUGUUCUAAGGAGCGUGCUGACCUGAAGGAGUUUUUAAAAAGAGUAAUCCCUGACAAUCAUACUGGAUGAUGAGAUAGGGGUUAUUAGACUGAGAUGGUGCUACCAUUUAUUUUUCUUGUUCUUCAUAGGUCGCAUACCACGUUACAGUUGGGAUUGUAGGAUUUUAGUAAUUCUUAGGAAGUGAAAGACAAAUUCGAUAGUCGGGAUCUGAUGUUGAGUUUAUGAAAUAGGUUAGCAAUAGUUCGAAGCUAGAAUGAGAUUCUAGUCUACAACGAUAGCGCGAGAAACUAGAGCACAUCUUUGAGAUUGGUCUGGGCUGAUCCACGUUCGAGGGGCUUGGGUUGAUUCGGCGAAGGUUUCCAGCCAAUCUGAAAUAGGAUGAGGUAAAAACUUAUCAAAAGGGUUUAGAUAUACCAUGUAGAUAAUCUGGAAUGUCGCUGGAACGGAACCGUCUUCAUUUC